AUGGGUGGCGGCGGGUACGGCCUUGCGCUGCUGUUCAUGCUCCUCUUCCUCAGCACGAGUCUCGAUUGGGCCCGCCUCAAGGCAUUCUGGCUCACAAUGGCGCUGGGAUCAUCAGCCAUCACCGCAGCAGGCCACGAGGCGAACAAGCUUGACGUGGCACCGCCGGAACUCACGGGAUUCUUGCAGGGCCUCUCAAACACCCUCGCAGCCUUUGGCGGCGUCGUUGGCGUUCCACUGGCUGCGCGGCUGUACGAGCGCUACCAUACGUGGGGGAGCGUGUUUGGGAUGCUUGCAUGCAUCUAUGCAAUCGGCGCCAUCACAGCCGUUCUCUUCGCUCGCGCGGACCGAAUCCCACUUGCCCAACUCUUGUAGCAGGGACAAGGUGCACGCACUUUGUGUGUGUGUGUGUGUGUGUGUGUGUGUGUG